AUGAGGACGCCGUACACCUGCCGACAGUGUCUCUCGGCCCUGAAGACGCCGCGGUCUCAAUUACGGCCGUCGCAAAGCCUUCGCCCGCUCGCGCCCAAGGUGUCGUCGCAACGCAGUCACUCGACCAAAAGUGCAGCACCGCCAAAGCUUGCCCUGCCCAAGCGCAGCCUCUCGACGACGCCGGCCCGGGCUUUCGAGAAGCCGUUCGAGCCGUAUGAAUACAUCGAUCCCGAGGGCCAUCGGCGGAAGCUGGUCCUGACCGAGGACAACCUCUUCAAUUCCUUCUCCGGCUCGCCAAUACCUGAAAUACGGAAGCGUGCUGCUUUCAUGCGCCAGCAUGCUUACUGUCCGCAUCCCUCGCAUCAGCCGACGCGUCCGGCGAACAACCCAAUGGACCUUGAGGCGCGCAAGUCCUCUGAGACCGGCGCCCCACCCGCCCAUGUCGACUUCGAGUGCCCGGACUGUGGCAUACCGGUGUACUGCUGCGAGGAACAUUGGGCGGACGACUACGAGGCGCAUCUGGAAGUCUGUGACGUCCUGAAGCAGAUCAACGAGGACGAUCACGAUCUGAGGAGCGGGCGCUUCUUCAAGGAGUUCCAGUUCGCAGAGCCCCAGAUGGAGGAGAUUCUGGUCAACAUGACAAGCUGGGACACGUACAUGUACACGCGGGACUUCGAUGCGCUGAACGAGGACCGCGAGAUGCGCCAGGCGACGAAGCUGCUGACAUAUCCGAUCACAAUUGCGAGUGUCCUGAACGAGCUGAGUCCCUACAACAUCAGGAAGAACGGGCGCAUGACACCCGAAGGACUGAAGAGCUUCAGCGCCCUCCGCCACACCCUUCACCCACCCCGAACCGGCGGCGGCGACACCUGGAAGAACGCGCGCCUCGCACCCCCUUCGGUCCGCCUCUUCAUCCUCGGCGCCCGCGCAGAAUCCUCGCUACCCCGCGAGACCUGGAUGCAACUCUCCUACCUCUUCCACCGCGUACAAUUCUCGCUCAACUUCAUCGGGCCCGAGAGCAUGGCGAACCGCGAAAAGGAACUGCCCCUCCCCGAGCGCACGCCUCUAAACCCGUUCGGCGCCGUUGUUGAGGACCGCAUUAGCAACUCGCUGAAGAUCAGCACGUUCGUCGAGUACUACCACAACAUCCACAAGACGGGGUACUUUUACCCCUACGACCCCUACUUCGAUUGCUUCGUCGUUUUCCACCCUGGGUUCGGCAAUCCGGCCUCCGCGCACGAGUGGGAGGAGACGCUACCCCUCCUCCUCGAGACCAAGGUUCCUAUCAUCGCGACCGGAUACAGCCCGUGGGAUAUGCAGCAGGAUGUCGACUUCCUGAAGAACAGGUUCGGGAAUGAGAUGGACAUGUUGCUCGAGCCUGGCGAGAACUUGUUCAGGAGUCUGAGAUGGGAUCUCAAUGAUCUGGACCCGCAUGAUGUUACGUGCAGUAACUGGGGCGUAUACUCUUUCCGUGGUAAGAGGUAUGAGACUACGAAGAAGGAGGAUGACGAGGAGGUGCAUAGUGAUCGUACGGCCUGA